UCAAACAGCAGAAACAAGAUGGCCGCCACUCUGCAAGUGGCACCAGCAUGUACAGGAUGCAACAGUGCUCAACUGGAUCGCAUCUCUCUCUGUGUUCAGAUGAUGAUUGGGUGAGAAGUCUGAGUCUGAGGAAGUGCUCCUUUAAGCAGUUAUUGAUCAGUUUUAAACAGAUCAAUAACUGUGAAAUGAAAUAGAUGUGUAGUUACUGGCAACUGAAAGUGGUCUCCAAAUGCCCGUCUGGCUGCAGGCUGCAGGGUUUGAUGUCACAAAUGGAAAGUGAUGUGGAGAAAAAGCUGCACAUGUUCUGUCAAAAGUCGAGUCUUUAUGAAAUCGCACUGGAGAAGUCCAUGACGGAGAUGACGCACAUCUACAACUCCAACCGCAGAGUCAUGGUCAACAGAUACAUUUCAGAACUGAAGUUUGUGGAAAGUGCCGACAAACUGGCCAAGAACCUCGGAGAGCUACGACAGCGAUCUCGAUUUCUGGCACAGAAGUGAAGGAGUUGAGGAGCCAUGUGAGGAAACAGGU